UCUUCCCUGUCUCACUUCUCGUUCGAUGCCUUGUCUGCUGAGGUAUAUACACACUUACUUGGCUUCGCUCAGCGCCUCAACCUCCUUGUCUCGUACUCGAGUACUUUAUUUCUUCUAUCCGGGACUGGCUGCCAUGAUUUGAUCGCCCUGAAGGAACCGAUCGGCAGCUCGACCCCGGCCACUUUGUGAACCAUGGCAACCUUAGCAGCAUCAUCGCCGUUAUCGCCGUCGUGGCCGAAGCGACGGCCGCGGGCGUGGGCGCUGCGCAUUGAACGCUACUGCUGCACUGCGGCGUCGUUCUUCCCUCUCGCUUUUGUUUAUGGACUGACGACGUGGGCCGUCUGGGUGGAGGCCAGUGUCGGCUUCAAGUCGGUGCAGAGCAGCUGGAUUGGCUUUCCCAGUUCCAUUCUUGGAAUCUUCCUUUACAUCUGCCUCAAUACCUGCUACACGGUCGCCGUCUUCACCGACCCCGGUACCCCCCUCAAGCCUUCGAACAGCCGCAGCCAGCACGAAUACAGCGCCCUCCCCGUCACCGAACUCCCGCAGUACACGGCCUACACGGUCAACUCAACAGGCGGCUCCCGCUUCUGCAAGAAGUGCCAAUGCCCCAAGCCCGACCGGGCGCACCACUGCUCGACCUGCAAGCGGUGCGUGCUGAAGAUGGACCACCACUGUCCCUGGCUGGCGACAUGCGUGGGGCUAUACAACUACAAGGCGUUCCUUCUGUUUUUGAUAUACACCUCGGUGUUCUGCUGGGUCGAUUUUCUGGUUGCGUCGACGUGGAUCUGGAACGAGAUGCUGGACGAUAGCAAGUAUAUGGACUUUGACAAGAUGCUGCCCAUCAAUGUGGUGUUGUUGGCCGUGCUGGGCGGGAUCAUCGGGUUGGUGUUGUCGGGCUUCACGGCGUGGCAUAUCAGUCUGGCGGUCCGGGGGGUCACCACGAUUGAGUGUCUGGAGAAGACGAGGUACGUCUCGCCAUUGCGGAAGGCGCUGGAUCGCCAUCGCUACGAGGGGCUUGCAGGCCAUGAUCCGGAUGGAGCUGGAGGAGAAGGGGGUGUUGCGGGUUUGGGUCACCGGUUGCAGGAGUAUGGCGGACAGAUCCUGGAUGCGCAUGCCAACGCGAUCCCGGGGGUGACCAGGGCGGAAGAAGGGGAGGACGAGAAUCUGUCCCCCGCGCAGCAGGCGUUGACGCGAUCGUAUGCGGAUAUGGAACGACAGCGCGAGCAUGAUCGGUACCAGAGUUAUCUGGAAGAGCAGGACAGCGAGAAGAUGCCCCAUGCGUUCGAUCUGGGCUGGAAGCGCAAUUUGUUGCACCUGUUCGGAAGCCGCCCGCUGCUGUGGCCAGUCCCCGUCUGUACCACCACCGGCGACGGUUGGCACUGGGAGCCCAGCGCCAAGUUCCUUGAGGCGCGCGACGGUGUGCGGGUGCGACGGGAACAGGAGGCGGCCGACCAGCAGCAGUAUUACCGGGAUCUGUACACACGGAAUAUGAACAACAGUCAAAGCUGGAUGGGGCCAGACGCUGCGACUUCUGCUGCCAAUCCGGCUGCCACCUGGACGCCGCAGCAGCCGUUGGAUGUAGUUCGAGAUCCUGAGAGACCCAGUACCGGUGUGUCGAUGAAGACAUUGCGGCCGGUGUCACCGCCCGGCCUUGUCACAGAGAACCUAGUACAGCACUGUACAUAUCAUCCAAUGCGCCCAGCAACUCAACCCACAAAAAAAAAAAAAGAAAAGAAAAUGACCCCCUCCCUCCGCCGCCUAACGCGCGAACAAGCCGACCUCCUCAAAAACCCGGACCCAACCUUCCACGCAGCCCCCAUCAGCGCCUCCAACCUAUACGACUGGCACUUCACGCUGCAAGGCCCACCGGCCCCCUCCCCCUACAGCAAUGGGAUCUACCACGGCCGGAUCGUGCUCCCGCCGACGUACCCGCUGCGCCCGCCCUCCUUCCGGUUCCUGACCCCCUCCGGCCGCUUCGAGGUCAACCGCGAGAUCUGUCUCAGCAUCUCGGGGCACCAUGAGGAGACGUGGCAGCCGGCCUUUAUGGAUGGGGAUGCGAGGGGUCAGGUGGGCGGGUUGGAUGUGGGGGAGGAGGUGCGGAGGCGGUAUGCGGCUGCGUCGAGGGGGUGGAGGUGUGAGGGGUGUAUGGGGAGAUUAUUUGGGGAGGAGGAGGGGGAGGAGGGGGCGGAGGGGGCGGAGGGGAGGACAAAUUUGGAGGUGCUGGAGGGGUGGUGGGGUUUUUGUCGGGAGAGGGGGGUGAGUGUUUCUGGGUCUGGUGAUAGGGUGGAGGAUGGGAAGAAGUCUGAUACGGCGGUUUCUGGGGGAGGGGAUGCACAGACGCAUACUACUACCUCGAUAACUGCUGCUGCUGCCGUUACUGCAUCGACACCAUCAACAACGACAACACAGCCAACAGCUGUGCAACAGCAUUCUGACCAUACGCCGCAGCAGCGCCAGAUGCUGCUCCAACCUCAACCUCAACUUCCUCAGCAACAACAGCAGCAACAGCAAAUAUCCCCCGAUACCCCCUGGCUCGACCGGGCCAUUGUCGGCGUGGUCGUCGCCCUGGUGGUCAUGAUCCUCCGGCGCCUCGCCAGAGACGAGUAAUCUCUUCCUCAUACAAAGCACGGGUGGAUAUUUCGGCGUUUAUGGAAAAUUAUCAAAUUCAGGCGUUAAUUUGUACUGUACUUGUCAGGGACUCGGAUGUCGGCUACUUACAAUUUGAAAUCACCAGUUGAAACAGGCCAUAUCAGAUUAAACAUUCC